AAGCUUGGGCAUAUGGAAAUCCUAUUGAAUAUCAUGGUGAUUAUGGGGUCUUUGAUAAUAAUUGGCUCAAGAGCCUGUUGUUAUCUUCUGAUAAUAUUCCUCAUGCAACUGCAAUUGUUGCAGCUACUCAUAAUUCUGAGCUGGCUGAUGAAAAAACCGUGGAUUUUGAUAUACAACUAGCAGAUUUUUUAAUAGCGAAGAACAAAUUAAUUACAUUGAAGAUA